CCGGUGCGGACCGACUUGUUUGGAUGCCAUCUUCAUGUUAUGGCGGCGCGCAGAGCCGGCCCAGCGUGUGUUUAAGGCAGUGCUGCCGCGGAGGCUAGAUAGACUACUGAGCCGGAGUCGUCUGAAGGAAAGGAGGCGGCGGCGGCCCUGCGGGUUGGUACGGGACUAUUCAAAGUGCGAAUUGAUUACUGUGGAAAAAUCAAAGAUUUGUGAGUUUGGAAUUGGCAACUAGGAUCAAUUGGAGAACAGCAAACAUACAACAAGUACAAUGCUGCAGCAACCAAAAACUGACACUGAAGAUGCACAGGAGGUAGAAGAUUACAUUUCCAAAAACAGAAAGCUGGUGGGGAAAGAAUAUUGUACCCAAGAGUUGCGUGAGGAGACUCCAGGGAGAGAAGAAACCCGUAUUGACCCACCUGAUGGCCAGCAAGACUCAGAAAAUGAGAAAAACAAAGAAAAAACUUUAGGAAAAGAAGUAUUGUUACUUAUGCAAGCUUUAAACACACUUGCUACUCCAGAAGAAAAGCUAGCAGCACUCUGCAAGAAAUAUGCUGACCUGCUAGAGGAGAGCCGAAAUGUUCAGAGACAAAUGAAGAUGCUGCAAAAGAAACAAGUACAGGUUGUAAAAGAGAAAGUGCACCUGCAAAGUGAACAUAGCAAAGCAAUUCUUGCACGUAGCAAACUGGAAUCUCUGUGUCGAGAACUACAACGCCAUAAUAAGACUCUCAAGGAAGAAAAUAUGCAGCAAGCCCGUGAAGAGGAAGAGCGACGUAAAGAAGCAACAGUACAUUUCCAGAUUACAUUAAAUGAAAUUCAGGCACAACUGGAACAGCAUGGUGUACACAAUGCAAAACUUCGCCAAGAAAAUAUUGAAUUGGGGGAAAAGCUGAAGAAACUUGUGGAACAGUAUGCACUUCGAGAAGAACACAUGGAUAAAGUCUUCAAGCAUAAAGAACUGCAGCAACAACUGGUGGAUGCCAAGCUUCAGCAGACUACACAGCUUAUAAAAGAAGCUGAGGAAAAACAUCAGAGGGAGAAAGAUUUUCUGUUAAAAGAAGCUACCGAAUCUAGACACAAAUGUGAACAGAUGAAGCAGCAAGAAGCCCAAUUAAAACAGCAGCUUUCUCUUUACAUGGAUAAAUUUGAGGAAUUCCAAACAACUAUGGCAAAGAGUAAUGAACUUUUCACAACUUUCAGACAAGAAAUGGAAAAGAUGACCAAAAAAAUAAAAAAACUGGAAAAAGAAAUAGUAGUGUGGCGUACAAAGUGGGAAAACAACAACAAGGCUCUCUUGCAAAUGGCUGAAGAAAAGACAGUUAAAGACAAAGAAUACAAAGGUUUCCAAAUAAAACUGGAGCGUUUGGAAAAGCUAUGUAGAGCUCUUCAAACAGAAAGAAAUGAGUUAAACGAGAAAGUGGAAAUUCUUAAAGAACAGGUUUCUUCAAGAGAAGCAAAUGUGGAUCUAGCUGUACCUGUAUUGCAAUCAUGCACGCUCAACUCUCAUGAGAAGCUGGAGAUUUCUAUUAAUAAAGAACAAGAAGAAAUCCAACCAGAUAUCGAAACAAUGGCAAAUGAAGGCUAUGAAAAAACUAUCAGUUUGGUUUCCCUUCCUACCACAGAUUUUGUUGACUAAAAUGUAAACACUGUAUUAAGAGAUAUAUUUUGUGUAUAACUUUAGCUGGUGGUGGUAACUAUUAGUUUUGUGGUGAAAAUUUUCUUACUUUUUCUACCAUAUCUGUAUUUUCUUAGAACAGAACACAAUUUGCCUGGUACAGGAAGCUGCAUAGCAGCUAUUGAAUAGCUAAUCUAUAAAAAGAAUCCACAACUGUAUUGCACAUUUGCAUUUUUUUAAACAAAAGAACCCCAUUAAAGACGCAUGCAGUGUUUUUCUUCUUAUCCAGUAAUACAUUACUGUAUCAUCUAAGACUCACAUGCAGUUUUGUCAUCAUGUUAAGGGAACAACUUUUAUCAGUGUUUGAGCUUAAAUCUAUGUAGUAAAUUAAAAUUUAAAGCUGAGGUGACAUUACCAAGCAAUCCAGUAAAAUACAAUUUGGUGUGUGACUUGUCCAUACUGAUACGAAAAAGCUGAAAAAUCUUACAGGGUUUAGUGUAGCUGCCAACUGGAAAAACAGGGUGUACAAUUCAUAUUUCUCAGGAUUGUCUGAUAGUCAGUAUAAAUUAAAUAACUAUUUCCCUUUCUGUUAUAUUAAGAAAUUAAGGCAGCAAGCAAACUUGAUAAUUUCUCUAAAUAGCCACUAACUUAAAUCUGGAUGUAUUUUGAAUGCACUACUGUUGUUGCAAUGAUUUUUUAAAAAUGAGCUAUAAUAUAAAAACUGCUGUCAUAGUUACAGUUUAUUGAAUGCAACAAGAUUUUGGUUAGUGGUUGCUAGAUUAAAAUAUAUAAUCAAUGGGGGCAGGGUUUUCUGGGAAUUCUUUCAUUCAGUUUGAUGGCUACUUAUUAAUGUGAAAUACGGAACAUAUAUAAAUGCAUCAUCACUUAAGAAUGAUUGCAAUGAACCACACUCAGUACGGGAAAUCCUAAAGUGUAUAUUUCACAGGAUACGCAUUCUUAUAAAAACUGCUCUGUCCAUGAUAAAGUGCAUAAAUUAUAUAAUUUAUCUAAUCCAAAAUACAGGAAAACAUUCUGAUCUCAACUUUGUAAAAUGAAGUCUUACUAGACAAAACAUAAACAUAAACAGAAGUGCCUUCUGAUUAUCUAAGUUACUUGGAAUUUGGCACUUCGGUAUUUAUGUUGCUAAUAAAUGCACAGCAUACAAGACUCCACAUUUUUUGUACUGUGGUUAGAAUUAUGAAUGUAGGUCAGUUGCAAAAGUUUAGGUAUUUCCCAUAAUCUGAUUUUUUUUAAAGAAAAAAGGGACCAAAAGAGUGCUGCUAGGUUACAAGCUGCUGUUAACUCUGCCUACAUAUAUCAGCUUUCUAGUUGUUCUGUUUGGAGAAAUGUAAACAAUACCAAAUUCUGGUACCUAGUUUGGAUUCACUUUCUUGAAGCUUUUCUUAUUUAAGCACAUUAUUGAAAAAUUCUCUUUUUAUCUGCCUGUAUACUCUUACAGUUUAGUUGCAAAUUAUUUAAAUUUAAGGCUUUACGGAUGUAUUACCCUUUUUUUACCUAUACAGUAUCCUAAUUGAAACGAAGAUUGAAGAAAACCUUUGGAUAUUUGUAUCUUUGAGCAAAAUCAAUUUGCAUUACUAGUGGACUUGAAAAGUCCUGAAUUGAAAACUGGCUGCUUGUGUUUUGUUUCUUAAAAUGUGUUUGCAUUUUCUUUUGUAUGAAUUCCAAGUUCUGUAAGGUAAGGAGUUGACGUAUAGUGGAAAAUACAAAGCCCAAUUAUGCUGCCAUAAGCAUAAGAGACACUAGAGAACCUUUCAUCAAACAAAUCUACAGCUAGAAAUGCAAACACUUUGAACUUGUAGAACAAUGCAAAACACCUGAGAAAUUGGAUAGUGGAACAAAUGCAUGUUGAAAGUAAAAACUGCAAAGAUAUUCCAUCAUAGGUACUAUAUUUUGAUUAGUUUUACCUAUGUCUACAAUUGACCUAAUUAUAGGCAUGAGUAAGUUUUUUUUUUAACCAGUUGCAAUUAUAGAUGCAUAAAUUUAAGCUAUUGAAAUAAUGGCUUUUCAAAAAACUUGCUCAUGCAUUUUUUUCUCCCAACUUUUUCUUCAGUUUAAAUGAGGGUUUUGUUUAAAGUCUCAAGACGUUCCAUGCAUUGAACAAGAGGGCUAGUACAGGACAGGUCAUUACUUGUCUCUUGCCAUAUAGUGGUAUACUGCACUGCCAUUUUUCUGCUGAUUUGUUCAAUAUUCUUUAGUUGUACAGCUCAUGCUUAUAGGCAGCUAGCUGUGUGUAAAUUGAUAAUCAUGUGCUUAUAAACACUGAAAGUUAUUGCUUAUACCGUCCACUACUUUAUACCUGCAGUUGAUUUGCAUCCAGUGUGUUCAGUAUAGGGGGUGCACAAUUUUUACUGUUGUGUAACUUGGGCUUCAGAUACUUAGUAAAUAGCUAAGCCCUAGAAUUAUUUGGAAUGUAAGUAUAUACAUGCACAUUUUAGGGCUGUAUCUUUCUAUUCCAUUCUUUUCUUACACCUGGUUUUGUUGCAGUUCAAUUCUCAGGUGUUACAGAAAAUCUACCUCUUCAGACCAUAGAUGGAAAUAACUGUGAAAAGUGAUGCAGAACUUUAGCUUGUGCUGAACGCUGCUUUAUUAUUACAACCCAUACCCAUGAAAAAUGCUGACUAAAUAGGCACUCUUGGUUUUUGCUUUUCAGGAACAUUUUGUAGAAAUUUUUCACUAAUGUGAAACUGAAAUUUUAUCUACUCCGUUCUGUGUAGAUUAAGUAAAUAUGUGUGCUUAAUA